UGGGUUGGUGGAGGAGAAGUGAUGAGGUCCACACUUUUGCUUUAAUCGAUGGUGGAUUUUGCUUGGUGUAGAUGUGACAUGCAAACGUCUCCAUCACCACCAAAAUCACUUGCUUUUCCCCGUUUGCUCACGCCCACCAUUUCACUUCUUUCUUAUUUAAUGGGAUUUUUUUUUUUAAUAUAUAUAUAUAUAUAUAUUAAAAAGUGAAGUUUAAUAUAAUAAUGCUUAUUUUUGGGGGGAAAAACAAAUGUAGAGUACAACAAGGCACAUUGUUAUAAUAAGGUACUUCCUCUUAGCUUUCAUUAUUAUUUAUUUAUAUAAAAGAAACUAAUAAACGUGAAAAUCAUUCACCAAAAAAUAAUAAACGUGAAAAUCUAAUCUAAAAACAGAGUGGGGUCCAAAACGGUUAAAUUAGUUCAGAGUAAGACUGUUGUGUUUCCGGUGUUGUGACAAUUUCCAGAAGAACCAUGCCAGAUUGGGAAUUUCAUUGCAGUUAAUAUUCCAAAAACCGCAUAUCGGUUUCGAGGGAACCUUCCCGUAGAGCCUAGCCUGGAGGAUUCUUGGGUAGCUCCUUGUCUCUAGGAUCUUUCACCAUCUCUCUUUGUUUGAGGGAGGGAUUCAGCGUGAUUGAUUUUGGGUAAGACAUGGAACGGCACCAAAAGGACCCCACAAUAUCUGACUAUAAAACUACUAAAAGCCACUUGAUCAGAUUCUCCAAAAACGAUCCUCAGCCUAUUCCUGGCAUAACCGACUACCUAUGGAAAGAUUACUGUCCUGCAGUUUUCAGCCGAAUUCUUCAGCUUGGAGAUGUUGAUAGUGCCGACUACAUUCCCACAGUUUGUUGUGACGAGACACUAAAUUUGAUUUUUCAAUCACGGGGAAAAAGUGGCAGCCUGUUGUUUUUGUCUAAGGAUCUCCGCUUUGUCAUAAAAACCGUGCGGAAAUCUGAAUUGAAGGUAUGCCUAGAUUUUUUACCAAACUAUUAUCGGCAUGUCAAAAAGAAUGAAUCUUCACUGUUAACAAAGGUGUAUGGACUUCAUGUUGUAACGGCCAUUGGAGUUGGAGGUUGUAAGUGUUACUUUGUUGUGAUGUCGAACGCAAUGCAAACAGAUAUGUCCUUGGACAAGUACUUCGAUCUUAAAGGUACAGCAAAAGGUCGAACCCUCGACAAAGAGGUAGGCCAUGAUAAGAAAGUCAUACAUAAGGAUCAGGAUUUGGAAUACUCUUUUUAUCUUCAUCCCUUGCUCAGGACUCGGAUUCUUGGGCAAAUCAAGUAUGAUUGCGAAUUUUUGGAAGCCGAAAACAUUAUGAAUUACAGUCUUUUACUUGGAAUUCACUUCGAAACUUCAAGUGAAGUUACGGAAUGCUCUUUGGAUGGAACAAGUACUUCCAGUACCAAAGAUGAAAUCUCCGAAAAUGAUGAGGAUGCUGAUGACUCAGUGGAUACAGUGGACACAGAGUUAACCUUUGCUGAUCUUUACUCCAGUCCUGACAGAUUUGAUCAUAGAUUUGGUGUCCAAAUGCCAGCACGAGCACUGCAGCAUCCAUUGCAUGAAACAGGAAGUACACCAACGCACAGAAAGGCAAAAGCAGAGGAAUGCCAGGAUGUUACUCUUUGCGUUGCCAUCGUAGAUCUUCUAAAGCAUUACAAUAUGACCAAGAGAUUUGAGCAUGCUUACAAGUCCAUUCAAUUUGAUUCGAAAUCAAUAUCAUGUGUGAACCCCAAAGCCUAUUCUUCUCGUUUUCUGGAGUUCUGCAGCAAUAUACUCCGAGAAGAUAUAGAGUUGGAAUAGUUAGGCACUUAUGAGCUGAUUUAAAUUUUUUUCCAUUUUCAUCUGCCCUUUUUUUUAUUUUUUGGUAAUCGUCUAUUUUCAUCUUCCUGCACUUAUCGGUCAAGAAGGUUACGAAUUGAUAGAUGGAUGAGUAGAUGAUGAGCCACUCUAAGAAUUACAUGCCCUCACUGUGUAAGUUUUGAAAUCUAAGAACCAAGAAAACGAUGUAUCCAAGUUUUUUAACACACAGAGGGCACAUUAUCUAUGUAAUUUUGACAAUGUGAUUUAUGAAUAUACCAUUAAA